AUGUCUCUGUCGCGCAGUCCGUCCCCCAUCCCCGGAGGCGGCUGGGCCAGUCCAGGUCUCAACAUCGCGAGUGGCCGGUCGAGUCCGACACGAGGGUUCACCGGAUCAAGCGGGACGCCCGUCAUGUGGGAAUCAUCCAGGUUAAAGAAGGCCGGUGGCACUGGAUACCCCUCAUUCUCUACCAAGAACCAGGGCUUCUUCGUCCGACACAUGCGCCGCUUCUCAAGCAGCCUCCCACGCUUCAGCGGAAGCCCAUACUACGCCGAUAAGGAGAAGCUAGGUCGCGGCAGGUGGUCGGUACACAACGUGCCGCUUCUCGCGAGGAUAUGGGGAAUCAUGUCGCGCAUGAACAAAAAGACGAAGAUACGGCUGCUAAUUUUGUUCUUGAUGUUGCUAUCCAUCUUUAUAUUCUACAACAGCCCUCUGGUAUACCACUGGCGGAGGUCCACAUGGCUCGGGGGAGGGCAGAAGUUCGUUAUAAUACUGGGCGCCAAUGUCGGCGGUGGCGUCAUGGACUGGAAAGGGGCGAGAGAAUGGGCGAUCGAGCGAGACUCAGUGCGGAACAAGAAGAAAUACGUUGCUCGUUGGGGGUACGAUUUGGAGAUCGUGGACAUGAGCACAAAGAAGCGGUAUGCACACGAGUGGCGUGAGAGCUGGGAGAAGGUCGAUUUUGUCCGCACGACGCUACGGAAAUACCCCAAGGCGGAGUGGGUCUGGUGGCUCGACCUCAACACCUUUAUCAUGGAGCCGAGCUACUCACUCCAAAGCCACAUCUUCGAUCAUAUCGAGAAACAUGUCUAUCGAGACAUCAACGAAUACAACCCCCUAAACAUCACGCACCCGCUGGCCGAGCCAUACCUCGAUGCCGAGUCGCAGAGUCCCAUCGGUGACGGGAAGGCCAGCUCGGUCAACCUCAUCCUGUCGCAGGACUGUUCCGGAUUCAACCUAGGCUCCUUUUUUGUCCGCCGAAGCGUCUGGACCGACCGGCUGUUGGACGUGUGGUGGGACCCGGUGGCCUAUGAGCAGAAGCAUAUGGAGUGGGCGCACAAGGAGCAGGAUGCGCUGGAGCAGCUGUACAUCUCGCAGGCUUGGAUCCGGAAGCACACCGCUUUCCUGCCGCAGCGCAUGAUAAACAGCUUCCCGGCCGGAGCGUGCUCCGAAAACGGGAACGACACGCGGAUACACUACAACGAGCAGGACCGGGACUUCCUCGUUAACAUGGCCGGCUGCGAAUGGGGCCGCGACUGCUGGGGGGAGAUGUACAACUUCCGCGAACUCAGCUACUACCUCAACCGGACGUGGUGGGAGCGCUUCAAGGAGGACUUUUUGGCGCUGAUCUGGUUCAAGCUCACGGGCCAGAGGGUCAAGUUCUAG